AACAAGCAGUUUCUGUUGCUGGAGGUAUCAUAGCAGGGAUCCUUUUGUUUGUUCUCACUGGAAUAACUGCAUACCUGCUCUGGAAGAAAUUUUGCUGCCUCCUUUCUUAUGAAAAGCUCACCAGUCCUGCCAAAACAACACACACAGAUGCCAUUUUUCAGGAUCAGUCUAUAUCUGAAAAUCAACUGAAAACCAAAAGAUCCAGAAGCGUUCCAUUUAUCAUCCCACCGACACUGUGUCGGCGAGACUGGAUCAACCUGACAAAUGAAGAACACGUUCAGGAAGAGAGUGACCCCUCCAUGGUUCCUCAGCCUGGGCCACGGUCAUCCUUUCAUUCUUUGGCUGCAGCUUACGUGGUAGGGACCAUUAACCCAGAGCUGUACAAGUUUCCUGAAGACAAAAGUGAGACGGAUUUUCCUGAAGGGAGCAUCGGACGCCUCUGGUUCUCCAUAGAAUAUGAACAAGAGUCAGAAAGGCUCCUUGUCUCCUUGAUCAAAGUCAGAAAGCUGCAGCCUCCUGCUGAUUCCUGUAGCCCGUUUGUGAAAAUCUACUUGCUGCCUGAUGAAAGAAGCUACUUGCAGUCCAAAACAAAAUGCAAAACUCUUAACCCGCAGUUUGAUGAACACUUUGUUUUUCAG